GUUAGGUAACAGCUCCCAAAGAUCAGCAAACAUCGAGUAGAGCUCGAAAAACACCUGUGUGGAAUGCAAACAGAAAACACGGCCGCCGCUCGCUAUCUGUUUUGGUGAUAUCGCUCCGAUUCGACGGAGAGCGCUUUCCAGUUUAUCCCGGGCUGCUGGCCACCGACAACUUCUGGAGCGGGGAAUGUCUUUGGCCUGGAUCGUGUUGCUCGCCCUGCUAAUCUUGGAGAGGAACGGAGGUGGGGCACUUACCACCGGUUCCCUGCACUAUGGUCCACGUGGCUCCCGCCAUUCGUCCGACUUUGCGCAACGGAGGUCACGUCGGAUUGUGCGUAUUACCAGGACGGAAAGAGCAGUAAUGAGGCCCCAGAAGACCGAACAUGCUAAGUUUGUGAACAACUCUAUUUCGACAUCGGGCCGGACUGAGUAUAACAUGUGGCAGGUGCUCAGGGCCGAUGGGCGAGCCAACUUAUAUUUACUGUUCUUCACCAUCUACAUCAGUUACCUGGUCUACGUACUGUUUUAAGAUGGUAUUUUUGCAAAUAAACAUCCUAGUCCCAAGUUGUAUUGAAUGUGCGAUACAUUUUCUGUUUGCACAAUUUUAUUAAAAUGGAAA